CAGUUAUCGACUAAUUAGUCACAGAAACGCGCUUCGUUCAACCCUGUCAUACUCGAAAGCCGUAAAUUGUAACGCACCUUUGGUUGUCAGAUUAUUGUUACGGACGAACAAUUCGAAACUGCAUGGUUUUUGGAAUUGCGUCACAUUUGUAAAGUUUGACUUACGAAGUUACGACUUGAAAGAACAUCAGAGUACGAAUUCUAGACACCUAUUGUUGAAGAAAACAAAAAUUAAGACAAAAUAUGUGCGACUUGAAGGAAGUGCAGUUCAACGGUAAAUGAACGGGGAUAGGUGGCACCAUCUUGCGGAAUGCGCCAGCAGCUUAUUCAUCUCUGCGGGUUUCUGUUCUGAUCCUCGAACUCCACCAAAAGCUAGGCAAGUUACCAACGUGGUGGCGCGGUGCCUCGUCGUUGGUCUGGAACGUCGGCUGAUUCAAAGUCCAAGCGUUUCAUCAAUAUGACGAGCCUCUACCGAGUGCUGCUAUGGAUGUGCUGGUUCCUCGUUCUUAUCGAGUGUUACGACGAGCCGAAAAACAACGACGAGGACGACGAGAGCUCGAAGUUGAUUCGCAUCACCGGAGACAUAAUCCUGGGGGGGAUAUUUCCUAUGCACGAACAGGUGCCGGGAACCAUGGGCCAAUCUCCCUGCGGAGCAGUCAAGGAAGAGAAAGGUGUUCAACGGCUCGAGGCGAUGCUCUACGCCUUGGACGAGCUGAACACCGACUCGAGCAUUCUGCCCAAUACCACCCUGGGCGGGUUGAUUCUCGACUCCUGCAGCAGCGACACGUAUGCCCUCGACCAGAGCAUGGAGUUUGUCCGAUCCUACAUGAACCAGGAUAUGUCCGAGUACAAGUGCGAGAGCGGAAAACCACCGGUAUACGUUCCGCACAAGCCAGUAACCGGAGUCAUCGGAGCCUCUUUCAGCGUAGUUUCCAUCAUGGUAGCCAACAUUCUCCGGCUGUUCAAGAUCCCUCAGCUGAGCUACGCCUCUACGAGUACCGAACUUUCCGAUAAGAGCCGAUUCGAAUACUUUAGUCGAGUCGUCCCGCCCGACAAUUUCCAGGCUCAAGCGAUGGUCGAAGUCGUGCGUCGACUGGGCUGGAAAUACGUAUCCACCGUCGCCGUUGAGGGUGAUUACGGGGAAAAGGGUAUCGCCAGCUUCAUAUCACUCUCGGUAGAGUACAACAUCUGCAUAGCAGUGAGCGAAAAAAUCUUGAGAAAUUCCAAACCCGAAGAUUUUGACCGGAUUAUCGAGCGUCUGGUGGGGAAGCACAACGCUCGCGGUGUUGUGCUCUUCGUCGACGAAGACAACACGCGGAAACUUCUCCAAGCAACGGUCAGGGCCAACCGCACUGGUCACUUCCUCUGGAUCGGCAGUGACUCCUGGGGAGCCAAGGUUUACCCCGUCAGGGAUCAAGAAUUCGCAGCUGAAGGAGCCAUCACUAUUCUACCCCGCCGAAACUCCCUGGAAGGUUUUGACAGAUACUACAGAAGCCUGAGGCCGCGAAUAGGCGAGGAUGAUUGUUCCAAGCAAUCGGAGAGAAACCUACCACAUCCAGUCUUACCGGGGAGAGUGAUCAACUGCCGUAAUGUUUGGUACCGAGAAUUCUGGUCCCAGCAUCACAAGUGUAGCUUCGGACCCACGAUUCCCCCCGGAUCUAAGAGGUGCACAGGCGACGAGGAGCUGAUCGACUACGAGCAAGAAGGGCUCGUACCUUUCGUCGUUGACGCUGUCUACGCCAUGGCCUACGCAGUUCAUAACAUCAUCGAGGACGAGUGCGUCCGCGGUCGCGGUACGGCUCACUAUCUCUGCGACGUCCUUAGGCCGGCUCCGCAAGGACAACACCUUCUGCACUAUAUCCACAACGUGACUUUCGUCGGGCGCCAAGGAACUGAGAUAAAGUUCAAUUCUGACGGAGAUGCUUUUGGCUUCUACAAUAUUUAUCAGUACCAACAUAGCGAAGAAGGACGAUUCGAUUACACUCCAAUUGGCACUUGGAAAGAAAUCCUCGAGCUUGAUGUCAACAUGACACGAUGGGCGACGGGUCCCGGCGAAGAAAACAUCCCACGGAGUACGUGUAGCGAAAACUGUCCUCUUGGUCACGUCAGAAAUUUUCAGGAAGCUUGUUGCUGGAGUUGCGUUGCUUGUCGGGAAGACGCCUACGUGUUUAACGACACUUGCCGCAGCUGUGAUCCGGGAUACGCUCCUGACAAGACGAAAACCCGGUGCAUAAAGUUAGCGGCUGAAGUUAUACCUUGGACGAGCCCCUGGGCAGUCGUUCCUCUAGCAUUUGCUGCGGUGGGGAUUCUCAGCACCCUCUUCACUACAGCUGUCUUCAUCAGAUUCAAUCGCACCCCGGUGAUCAUGGCCUCCGGGCGAGAGCUCUGCUACGUUCUUCUCGUUGGUAUUCUCUCUUGUUACGGAAUGAGUUUCAUCAUACUGAGCAGACCGACCACUUGGAAUUGCACCUACCUUCGGAUAGGACUAGGCCUGUGUCUGAGUAUUUGCUACAGCGCCAUACUCACCAAAACCAAUCGGAUUUCCCGGAUUUUUAAUCAGGGGAUUAAAAGCAUUAAACGACCAUCGUACACAUCGCCGAAAAGCCAAGUUGCCAUUGCUAUUGGGAUUACGGCAGUCCAGCUAAUCGGAGCGAUAGUAUGGUUAAUCAUCGAGCCUCCAGACACCAAGGAAAUCUAUCCGUACCCGUUGACCGCUGUUCUAACUUGCCGCGUUUCAACCUUCUCCCUCAUGAUGUCUCUCGUGUACAACAUGAUACUGAUCCUCAUGUGUACGUUGUACGCGUUCAAAACACGCAAGAUACCUGAAAACUUCAACGAGGCCAAAUACAUUGGAUUCACCAUGUACUCCACAUGUAUAGUAUGGCUUGCCUUCAUUCCGAUUUACUUCGGCACCAACAACGAUUACAAGAUCCAGAUCGCUAGUAUGUGCAUGUGCAUCAACAUCUCAGCAACCGUUGCUCUGGGCUGUCUGUUCACGCCAAAGGUGUAUAUAGUCCUGUUCCAGCCAUACAAGAAUGUCAGACCUGGACAGACGAACGCUGCUCAGGCUCAAGGAGCGAACAGGCCUGCCUACAGCAUGAGAUUUUCUGGAGCGAGAAGUCAAACGAUGCAAAGUGUAACAUCCGGUUCUAGAAGUAGCCCGACCAGACAGGCUCGCGGUGAGUUGAAACACGAGAACGGCGAAUCGCAAGCCUUGGCAAGCCCGUCGGUAGAAGAAUCGUCCGUCAGCUAGGUAGCUCUAAUACACCUUCAUCAGAGUCGGGAACAUCGCUCAUCAAGCGAAGAUGAUCUGGCGAUGUUGCAGAUGAAUGAGGAGGUGUAUGAACAAGAUGACAACAUAUUAUCAACCGUGGCUGAGUUGUCCGAGCUAACGGAUACUCCUACGCCACCCACCCACAACAGGUCGAACAGAUGUCGCGAUGAAUCCGCAUCUGGCUCUGUGCAGUCAAACGAUUCCGUGGAAAAUGAAAAAUCGACAAACGUGCCGAGCAUCUCCGCGAUGGUUUCUAUGCAAUCUAAUCUGGAGUACGAAGUCAAGAAAUUGGACGAGAUCGACAAUUCAACCGCAUAGGGAUAUCCUACAUGGACGUUGCAGGAAUCGUCUCCAGUCGAAUUCUUAACAACAUAAAGCUUAUAGAAAUGGAGAGGACAUGCUUCGCGUUGCUGCUCAUCCGUGAAAGUGACCGUGACAGCAAAAUCAUCUGUUUCCUUGGAGGUAGCGCACGCGCAUUACGGCGGAAUUAAGAUUAACAAUUUAUGAACGUCAUUCGAACACAGAAACGUUGACUGGAGAAUACAAAGUAAUUUUGGAAUUUUUAACAAAAAUUCUGACACAAAAUUCAAGGUGACAUAGCUUAAUUUUUUUCACAUAGUAUUAAUAACUCUUCAUUUUUUCGGCUAGAAUGUAAUUCUAUACAAAUAGAAAAAACGACAAUCGUAGUAAAUCUUUAUACAGUAAUCGUAUUAAAAAAUAUUAAUCCUUUGCAUAAUAAGGUAGAAGAUGAAAAAUAAUCUUUAUAACGAUCGAUGAUGUGACGUUUAAUUAUACAUACAUCGCGUGUACAUAUAGCGACGUGGCUACUGGUUGGCAAAAAUAAGAAGUUUAAUAUGUUUGUUUCACAAUUUUUUAUCUGCAACUACCACAAUGCGGCCGAUGUGAUAAAAACGUAUGUUAAUGCAAUAAUGUGUAGUGAAAUUCAUCAUUUGAUCACGAUGAGGCUUUUGCAAGUUAAUAUCAUUAUCAUGAUUUCGUAAAUUCAGAAAUACUCUGUUGUAGACAAUUUCUUAAACUUUGUUAUGGAUGAGUUGUUCAAGAUUUUUUAGAAAGAUACUUCUAUCGUAUUGCGGACUACACGUUCUACACAUUGGCAAAUAUACUACCUCUAAGAACCGGAACUUUCGGAAUCCUAAGUGCGAAGGAGAAGUACAUAUUCUAUUUAUUUAUAAUCAGUUGCCAUGACGUGCUUGUGCAGAAAAUUAUUUUAUUUGACUUAUCUGUGAAACGAUAGUUGUUGUCCUUUGAUCUCGUGCCUUUUACAAACAAUACACUUAUUGAUCAUUACGAUUUAGUUUUACUAUUUAAGUAAUGAUCCAUUUCGAACCAUAUCUUUUUAAACUAGCCUAAAUUACGAUCAGUCCUCACGGACUGCGGUGGUAGAUUGUCUCGACUGCGCAUGCUUACCUCCAGAGCGAUAGACAAUCCAUGUUCCCCUCUCUCUCUCUCUCUCUCUCUCUCUCUCUCUCUCUCUCUC